UUUUUUGAAAAAUUUUUGCUCUAUUUUGCGAUUUAUAUGAUCAGGUUUGAAAAUUUCGUUUGCUUGCUGAGAAAAUAUUGGUAAGGAGUUGGAUCGAAUUUUCUGGAUUUUAAGUUCGUUUAUUUUCUUUCUUCUAUUUUCUCGCCGGUCAAACACUAGAUACUGGAUGCAUUCGCUAUCUGAUACUACUGCUGGUUGUUUGGUUGAAUUCGUGUUUCUCUAGUUCUGCUGACCUAAAUGAAAUUUAGGUAGUAAAUACUUUGUUGGAAUUGGCUAGUGGGUGUUCGAUAAAAUGCUUCAGAGAGCAGAUCGCAUGCUAAUACCGGUGAGGCUUAGCUCCACUCGUAUGAGUUUGUUUGUGUUUCGGUUGUGGUAUUGUGUAGCAUCAAUGGGUGAAACCACUGUCAAAUGAUAUUAAUACUACAUUAUAGUAAGUCACUCCAUUUGUGGAGGUCGCGGAUUUGAGCCACGAAAACAGCCUUCAUGCAAAAGCUGCAUAUGUCAAUCCUCUGUAGAAAUCCACGUGGGGCAGUGCGAUCAGUGGAUACAUAUGCUGCACAAUGCGAAACAUGCUCAAAAUGGAGGGUAAUUGAAACACAAGAAGAGUACGAGGAAAUCAGAAGCAAAAUCUUGGAGAAUCCCUUUGCUUGUGACAGAAAACCUGGGGUAUCUUGUGAGGAUCCUGCUGACCUUGAGUACAAUGCAUCUCGAACAUGGGUCAUUGACAGGCCUGGCAUCCCAAAGACCCCAGUAGGUUUCAAGAGGAGCUUGGUGCUCAGACGAGAUUUCUCCAAAAUGGAUGCUUAUUAUAUCACUCCCACAGGAAAGAAACUAAGAACAAAAAAUGAAAUUGCUGCAUUUUUAGAAGCCAAUCCAAAAUACAAAGAUGUGUCCGUUGAGGACUUUAAUUUCACUUCUCCAAAGGUAAUGGAAGACACUAUACCUGAAGAUGUGAAGAAGGUUAAUGCUAGUGGUAAUAGAAAAGGUAAGGCUUCAAAGGAUUCAGCUUGAUCUGGAACCGGUGUGUCACCAACUUCAUUAUUGUGUUGUAUUUUUAUGAUCUGAUGAGGAUUCUUCCUGUUCAUUUUGGCUUCAUGUGAGGAAUUUUUUGGGCCAAUACAUUAUGCGGAUGAUGGUAGAACUAUUGCAUAGUUGUAACAAUAGCAUUUAUUUUGCGAUAGGUUGCUGCAUUUCUCAUAGACUGCUUGGAGUAUUUAUCUUUAAUGUUGGAUGCAGUAUUUCCCUAGUUUAGAAUC